UCGUCAGUUGUGCGAAUUUCUUUGAACGACCAAGUUGUACAUUAUAAGAGUUCUCGUCCCGUCAAUGUACGGUUUCUUUUUCUAUUAUAGAUAUAAAUCUUUAAAAGGCUUUUAAUUUCUGAGCUAUACUCAAAGUCCUUAAAUCUGAUUUCUAAUUAGUUUAAAUUUAUUUUUCCACGACUUCCUAUCAACGUCGCGUUUAAAAAAAAAGAUAUUUCACUAUCCGUUUACAAUCUUUUAUAUGGUUGAAAAUAUCUUUUUCCACAAUUAAAAGUUUAAAAAAAGCUAUUUUUCCAAACAUGAAGCGAGAGCUUGUUCGUAAAAUGCUUUAAAUUUUACUAACUAAAGAAUUUACAUUCUACGUGGAGACUUACAAUCUAUGGUUACGAGCAUUUUAUAUUUUUAUUAAACCCCAACAAAAAAUUAAUACGAGAAGUCAAAAAAAAAAUCCAAACCAUAUAAAAUAUGGAAUAAAUAACACUUACCAUCAGAGCACACACUGUUGGAUUUGAUUUGUUUUUUAAUUCAAAAUCAAUCAAUUAAACCAAACACGAUGGCAGCCUCCAAUAGCAAUAUUCAUCAACUAACAAAAUGCAUCAUCACAGUCCUCACCAUUCUAAGAGGAUUACAAGUCGUUACAAUGGAAAAGCAAAUGUCAAAUUCGGAUAAUCCUUCCGAGUAUAAUAUUGGUGGCGUUUUGAGUGACAAUGAUACCAUGGAUCAUUUCAAAACAACAAUAGAGCAUCUUAACUUUGAUCAACAUUACGUGCCAAGAACGGUGACCUACUAUCACCAUACGAUACUAAUGGACAAGAAUCCUAUUAAAACAGUCUUCAACGUCUGUGAUAAGCUCAUUGAAAAACGGGUUUAUGCGGUGGUGGUAUCUCAUGAACAAACGUCUGGUGAUCUAUCACCGGCAGCUGUCAGUUAUACGAGUGGAUUUUAUCAGAUUCCUGUAAUUGGAAUAUCCUCGAGAGAUGCUGCUUUUUCCGAUAAAAAUAUUCACGUUUCAUUUCUAAGAACUGUGCCACCGUAUUAUCAUCAAGCGGAUGUAUGGCUAGAGAUGUUGAAUCAUUUUGGAUAUACCAAGGUAAUAAUCAUUCAUAGCUCUGACACAGAUGGUCGGGCGGUUCUUGGACGAUUCCAAACAUCUUCACAAACCAACUACGAUGACAUUGAUGUACGUGCAACAGUUGAAUUAAUCGUAGAAUUCGAACCGAAACUCGAAGCUUUCACUGAACACUUAACCGAUAUGAAAUCAGCCCAAUCCCGGGUUUACCUCAUGUAUGCCAGUACGGAAGACGCGCAUGUAAUAUUCCGGGAUGCUGCCCUGUUUAAUAUGACCGAGGCUGGUCACGUUUGGAUUGUUACAGAACAAGCACUUAAAGCCAACAACACUCCAGAUGGUGUCUUAGGGCUUCAAUUGGAGCAUUCAAAUAGUGAAAAACAACAUAUAAGGGAUAGCGUCUACGUGUUAGCAUCGGCGAUAAAAGAAAUGAUGGCCAAUGAAACUAUAACUGAGGCUCCCAAAGACUGCGGAGAUUCCGGUGUUAAUUGGGAAUCGGGUAAACGCUUGUUCCAGUAUUUGAAAACACGUAACAUAACGGGUGAGACUGGACAGAUUGCUUUCGACGACAAUGGAGACCGAAUCUAUGCAGCCUACGAUGUUAUUAACAUCGGUGAACGACAAGAAAAAAAUGUUGUUGGAUCGUUUUACUACGAUGCUGAUAAAGCCAAGAUGCGUUUAAAAAUCAACGAUAGCCAGAUUCUAUGGCCUGGUAAACAGAGGAAGAAGCCAGAAGGGAUUAUAAUUCCGACUCACUUGAAAGUCCUUACGAUAGAAGAGAAACCUUUUGUGUACGUAAGACAUCUGAACGACGAGGAGGUGAUGUGUGAUGAAGACGAGAUUCCUUGCCCGUAUUAUAACACGACCGAUGGCACUGAAGACGACUAUUGCUGCCGAGGUUACUGCAUUGAUCUUUUAAUAGCAUUAUCCCGUCGUAUUAACUUUACUUAUGACCUUGCCUUAUCCCCGGAUGGACAGUUUGGUCACUAUAUUCUAAAAAAUCAAACAACAGGAACCGGAAAUAUGGCAAUGAAAAAAGAAUGGACUGGAUUAAUUGGGGAAGUUGUAAAUGAACGUGCUGAUAUGAUUGUAGCUCCUCUUACAAUAAAUCCCGAGAGAGCAGAAUUUAUUGAAUUCUCUAAACCCUUUAAAUAUCAAGGAAUAACUAUUUUAGAGAAGAAACCUUCAAGGUCUAGUACGCUGGUGUCGUUCUUACAGCCUUUCAGUAAUACUCUUUGGAUUCUGGUUAUGGUGUCGGUGCAUGUUGUGGCUUUAGUGCUCUAUCUCUUGGAUAGGUUCUCGCCAUUUGGUCGUUUUAAACUUACCAGCAACGACAAUACAGAAGAAGAUGCCCUCAAUUUAAGUUCAGCCAUUUGGUUUGCGUGGGGAGUUCUCUUGAAUAGUGGAAUCGGAGAGGGAACACCACGUAGUUUUUCUGCACGUGUUUUGGGAAUGGUUUGGGCAGGAUUUGCAAUGAUAAUUGUAGCAUCCUACACUGCCAACUUGGCUGCCUUCCUCGUGUUGGAACGUCCAAAGACUAAACUAAGUGGAAUCAACGAUGCUCGUUUGAGGAACACUAUGGAAAAUCUAACUUGUGCCACAGUCAAGGGUUCCGCGGUUGACAUGUAUUUCAGACGUCAAGUUGAGCUAUCAAAUAUGUAUCGUACUAUGGAAGCAAAUAAUUACGGAACUGCUGAACAGGCUAUACAAGAUGUCAAAAAGGGGAAGUUAAUGGCAUUUAUUUGGGAUUCUUCACGGCUGGAAUAUGAAGCUGCGAAGGAUUGUGAAUUGGUGACAGCUGGAGAACUUUUUGGUCGAAGUGGCUAUGGGAUAGGUCUGCAAAAAGGCUCACCCUGGACAGAUGCGGUAACAUUAGCAAUUUUAGAAUUUCAUGAAAGUGGCUUUAUGGAAUCUCUUGACAAGGAUUGGAUCUUUCACGGCAAUGUUCAGCAGUGUGAGCAAUUUGAAAAAACUCCAAAUACUUUAGGUUUGAAAAAUAUGGCAGGGGUUUUCAUAUUGGUGGCUGCUGGUAUCGUUGGUGGUAUAGGACUUAUAAUUAUAGAAGUUGUUUAUAAAAAACAUCAAAUCAAGAAACAAAAACGAAUGGAAAUAGCUCGUCACGCUGCUGACAAAUGGAGGGGUACUAUAGAAAAACGAAAAACACUACGCGCCUCCUUGGCAAUGCAACGCCAGUACAAUGUUGGCCUCAACGCUAAUCCUGGAACAAUAAGUUUGGCUGUAGACAAAACUCGUUAUCCACGCCUUGGGGCUAGGGGACCGGAGCGCGCUUGGCCGGGCGAUUCAGAUAUUGUGCGAAAUCGACGUUUGUACGAGGAUUCAAGUAAAAACGCUUUUGGAUGGAAGCAAUCAAUUUCGAACCUUUUACCACCUCCAAGAUAUUCACCGGCAUAUACAACUAAUGUCUCACAUCUAGUGGUUUGAUUUAAUUUCAGAUUAAUAAUAUCAUUAGAUAGUUUUUAUUACUAUAUUGUUAUAAGACAUAAAGUUUGAUUAACUUUUAGUUUGAAAAAGGUCGAUGUAUUGGCUUGAAAAACAAAAUGAUGAUUUGAGCUUUUUUUUAACUAUAAAGUGGAACUUAAAACUUUCACUUGAUAUUUUCAAAAACAAUGUGAAACUUUGACACAGUACUUUUGUAAUAAGGGUUCAAGUGUACAAAGUUUGUUUGUGUGAAGAAUCCUACGAGAAAACAAUAAAUCCUUGAUGGAUCUUUCAAUUCAUCGUUUUCAAAUGAAGAGAAAAUCUUAUAAUAUUACGAAAAAAAAGGACAAACUUUCGUCACAAUGUUUAAAAAGAAAGAAACGCACAAAAGAAACUUGUUCAAAAUUCGGUGUUGAAAAAUGUGCCAAAUUAACCAAAAGAAGAAGAAUUAAAAGAUUCAAAUCAUUUACAAUUAUUAAUACGUACCUUUAUUAUUUGUUCAUAACUCUGUGUCAAUGGUUAAUUAUUUAAAAUAUAUAAAGAAAAUUGACGAAGUCAAAACUUUAAACAAAAAUUAAUUAUAUGAGAAAAUCAGAUCGAAUGUUAACAUUGUAAAAUACAAAAAAAUUAUUAAAAAAAUAAAAGCCAAACAAAAUAUUUAAAUCAUAAUUAACAAAAUUAAUAUUAAAAAUUAAAUAUAAAAAUAUAAUUUUAAAAAAAAAAUUAUAUACAGAAAAUGGCAAAACCAAAACUGAACCAAAAACCCAAAACCACACAAAAUUAAAUCUCAAAUCAACGAAACAUUUAAAUCUUUUUACAAUUAAAUUUCUCAUAAAUUCUUAGAUUCAGAAAAGCCCGAUUAGCCGAUAUUUAAAGUCUUGUCAUUUAAAGUAAUAAUUCAAGAAAAGCUGCUUACAGGAAGAAUUAAAAAACAUAAAAGAUAGAAGAAGAUUGAUAAGAUUUUUGAAACCUAUACUCUAUUGU